AAAGGGUCACGUUGCGCUGCAGCAGUGAAACAGGAGACCGCUCCGCAUCCUCAGCACCCAGCUAGCUCACCCGCUCUCUCUCUCCGCCCAGACACCAGCAGCAGCCACCAUGACUCACCAAUAUCCCGCACUGACUCCUGAGCAGAAAAAGGAGCUGCAGGACAUCGCCGAGAGGAUAGUCGCUCCAGGAAAAGGCAUCCUGGCAGCCGAUGAAUCCACCGGCAGCAUGGGGAAACGUUUGAACCCCAUCGGGGUGGAGAACACGGAGGAGAACCGGCGUCGCUACCGCCAGCUGCUCUUCACGGCCGACAAGCGCAUCGACGACUGCAUCGGGGGCGUCAUCUUCUUCCACGAGACCCUCUACCAGAACACAGACGACGGCACCAACUUCUCCCAGCUCAUCCGGGACCGGGACAUGGUGGUUGGCAUCAAGGUGGACAAAGGUGUCGUUCCCCUCGCCGGAACCAACGGAGAGACCACCACUCAGGGUCUGGACGGGCUCUCUGAGCGCUGUGCGCAGUACAAGAAGGACGGGGCCGACUUCGCCAAGUGGCGCUCCGUGCUGAAGAUCACCGACACCACGCCGUCCGAGCUCGCCAUCCUAGAGAACGCCAACGUUCUGGCACGAUAUGCCAGCAUCUGCCAGCAGAAUGGUAUUGUUCCCAUUGUGGAGCCUGAGAUCCUUCCUGACGGAGACCAUGACCUGAAGCGCUGCCAGUAUGUCAGCGAGAAGGUCCUGGCUGCCGUGUACAAGGCUCUGUCCGACCACCACGUGUACCUGGAAGGAACUCUGCUGAAGCCCAACAUGGUCACCGCCGGACACGGCUGCUCCACCAAGUACAGCGGAGAGGAAAUCGCCAUGGCAACCGUCACCGCCCUGCGCCGCACCGUGCCCCCUGCAGUCACAGGAGUGACAUUCUUGUCAGGAGGCCAGUCUGAAGAGGAGGCCAGCGUGAACCUUAACGCCAUCAACAACUGUCCCCUCGCCAAGCCCUGGGCCCUGACCUUCUCCUUCGGCCGCGCCCUGCAGGCCUCCGCCCUGAACGCGUGGAGAGGAGAGCUGAGCAACGAGAACGCCGCCGCCGAGGAGUUCAUCAAACGCGCAGAGGCGAACAGUCUGGCUGCGCUCGGCAAGUACGAGUCUUCUGGAAGCGACGCCGCCGCGGGGCAAUCCCUCUACGUGGAGAAUCACGCCUAUUAAACAUCUGCCGCGUUGAACCGUGGUGUCGUUACAUCGUCUUAUAUCUGCUCUGCUACCCCCCCUCACUCCUCCAUCGGCCACAGGUCUGCGCUGUCUGCUGUACUUUAGAGUCGUCAUAGAGUUAAUACAAAUUACAUAAUUAGAAGAGUAUUUUUAAAAAACAUGUGAAACUACCAUACUAAAGGCAACAGGUUCUUUAAAAAAUAUAUAUAUAUGUAUAUGUAUAACCAAAACGAACUCAACUACUUUGAAACAAUUUAUGACUGACGCGGAAAACUAUCAUGUCAGAGUAGAAAGGAGGCUGUGAAAUUUGAACAGUAGAGCACGAUAAUCAGGAUUCAAUUCACGCCUCUUAACUCUUAACCGCUCCCGUCUUGCUUUUCUCCCCCAACUGAGGAAUCUUGAACCCACUCCCAAGGAGGGAGGUGUGUGUGUGUGUGUCGGUGUUUCGCUUCUGUCAAAACGCAGUAUCGGCCUCAAAGCGCUCUACUAACAUCCUGUAGGACAGUGGGACCAACAGAUUAUUCGAGGCAUCGUCAUAACCAUGAAGGGACAACGAGACGGACAGCGGGAAGACUUUGACUUCUCAGAGGGAGUUGGUCGUACUUUCAGAAAAGCCGUAGCUCCAGCAGAGGUCUGCAAACCCUCACCGGGAUUCAUCUUAAUCUUUUCUGUUCACACUCUCAUCACCACUAAUCACAAAACAUCCUGUGUGUCUAUUCUCAGUAUAACGUUACCGUUAAAUCACAUACAGCAACGAUGUUCUCAGUUGUGUGAAGCUGUCGAUAUUAUGUGAUGCUUUGUGUCUGUCACCCCCCCACUCCCCCUGAUUCCCUCCAGCCCGCCCCUACGGGAGAUGAGAUGGUUUCUAUUGAUAUAAUGUGGACCACUUCGUGGGGUUAGCAGCGGGGGAAAUCAAUCACCUGCUGUGCUGGAUUACUGUGAUGUGUGUGAUGUCAAUAUUGUUCUUGGAUCACUUUGUGUGUCAAAUAGUGGAGAAAAAUAAACUAAAAAAACUA